AUGAAACAGAAGAACAAACAAGACCGGAAUGAAGAUAAUAUAGACAAUCGAGAUGUAGGAGAUUUAACAUGACUACAGACAAGUGAAUCCUUGAGAUUGUUAGGUGACCUCAAUGAGACUGUUAGGAAUCAGAAUACACCUGCAAUGAUAAAGCAAUGAAAAACAUCCACCGAUACGAAAAUAUCUGUUUCACCUUAUGACAACAUUAAAUGACAGUCUCCCAACACGAAUGAACUUGACACAGAUUUGUGCAGUCUUAAAGAUGAAGCAAAGAAGAUGUUUGAAGGCUUGAAGAAGCUACUUCAGGAUCAAGAAACUAGAGUUUUAAGUCAGUUAGAAGAUAAACCAGAGAGCAUAACUUCCAAUGAACUAAAUGCUCAAUACAGAUUUGACAGAAAUGCUGAGCUCGAUCUGAUGAUAAAGGAGAUCACCAAAUUGAAAAUUAAAGAUACCAAAAAGGAGCCUUCUAAGCUAACACGAGCUCAGUCUAAAAAAUCUUGUAUACCUGUGCUAAAUAAGUGAAGUAUGGCAUCCAAAAAGUUCGGAAUCCCAAGAGAUGCAUACUCUCCAUUUCCACAGAAAACCUUAAAGGCCCAGAAAAUAGUUUCAACAAGUCUGUGCUUCGAGGAGAAAGACAAAAAGAAGACUGCGUCAAGAAUUCCUUCAAUGAGAUCAUUGAAGACUUCUCAGAAAAGCUCAAAGAAAAAUAUCUUGAAGUCUAUUGAGAAUAAGUUUGUAGCACCCAAGAAAUUUAUGAAGAAGGAACCAAAGGCUAAGCUUGCUGGAGAGAGCUUCUCCAAGCCAGGUGUAAAAUCUGAAAACUGUUUAAAAAUUAAUACGAAUGACUUGGACUGACUGGAGAAAGAAGAUCCUCCAACUCCAAGACCAAUAGAGGAAGAGGUUAGCCAAACUCAAUGACCAGAUAGAGAGAUCUGUGGGAAUAUCAAGCCCAAGGAGCUUAAGAAAGAUCCUUCAAAGAUUGUUCAAAAAGAAUCUGUAAGAAUGAUUUGUAGCCAGAGAGAUUCUCUCAAAACAAAAUUUAAUUUUAAAAACAGAAAAGUUCAUGAUAAACUAACAGAUAAGAGAAGUUCAUCAAGUUAUUUGUUGGAAAAAUAGGGACCUUAAGAAGAAGCUGAAGCAGAACUCUGAGUGUAGGAAUACUCCUUCAAACAUAUCUUCACUAUCUCAAAGUAUAUCUGAGUUACAGAAGAACUUCGUUGUUUACCCAGAGAGUACAUUUAGGAAGUCUGAUCUUGAGAAUACCUCACUAUAUAAAGUCCAUAACCCAGUGAAUGGGAUUGUAAAUUACUCCGAGAAAAGAAGCAUGCUGUCUAAAUUUAACCAGACAAUGAAGACUUCCAAAGAGCCUCAUCAGUAUAGCAUCCAGAUUAUUGAUUGUCAGGAAGGGAACCUUUAA